AGUUGUUCCAUCCCGAACUUGACGAGAUGGCUGACAGCGACUUUUACGUUCGGUACUACGUGGGCCACAAGGGCAAGUUUGGCCACGAGUUUCUGGAGUUUGAAUUCACCGGCAAUGGCAAGCUCCGCUAUGCCAACAACUCCGAGUACAAGAAUGACUCGAUGAUUCGCAAGGAGUGCUACGUAUCCAAGGCCGUCCUUGAAGAGAUCAAGGCCAUCAUCGAAGACAGCGAGAUCACCAAGGAAGAUGACAAUCUGUGGCCCAUGCCUGACCGCGUUGGCCGCCAGGAGCUGGAAAUUGUGUACGGCAACGAUCACAUUUCCUUUACCACCGCCAAGAUUGGCAGCAUGAUUGAAGUCAACGACAGCAAGGACCCCGAGGGCUUGCGGACGUUCUACUACUUGGUGCAGGAUUUGAAAUGCUUUGUUUUCUCGAUGAUCUCCCUGCACUUCAAGAUCAAGCCCCUGGGUUGAGCAAGCUCCUGUAGGGUUGACCUCGCUGACAGAAACCAAGCCUUCUUUCUGAUGCUAGAAGAGCCAUCGUGGAAGCGUGGGUUUGAAUGUGUUGUUGUGAACUGUAGCAUCGCAAGCCAGGCUGGCUGCGCCGUCUGCAGCUGAGAAGAAGAAAAACUUGACGCCACGGGGGCGUUGAGAUACUUGAAAUCACAAAAAAGCCGGAACAAGAGUCAUCUUGAUCAAAAUUGACACUC